GCGUGUGCGCCGCCGGUGGCGGCCCGGGCAGCUCCGGGAGCGGCUGAGGAGGUUCCGGGCGAAGCGGGAGCUUCCGGAACGGCAGGGAAAGGAGAGGGCCGGGCUGCGUGAGAGGAUGAAGAAGGAGCAGGUGGCACGCUGCCAGUUUUCCGUGUGGUACCCGCUGUUCCGCGCCGUCACCAUCCGCAGUGUCAUACUCCCUCUACCAGAGAAUGUGAAAGAAUAUUUGCUGGAUGACGGAACACUUGUGGUUUCUGGAAGAGAAGAUCCACCAACUCAGACUCAAGAGGGGAGUGAUGAUGCAGAGGAAAUACAGUGGUCAGAUGAUGAGAAUACUGCAACACUUAAGGCACCAGAGUUCCCAGAGUUUACAGCUAAAGUUGAAGAAGCAAUAAGUUCCUUGGGUGGCAGCGUUUUUCCGAAGCUGAACUGGAGCGCUCCGAGGGAUGCUUACUGGAUAGCAAUGAAUAGCUCCCUGAAAUGUAAAGCUCUAAGUGACAUUUUCCUCCUCUUCAAAAGUUCAGACUUCAUUACACGUGACCUCACUCAGCCAUUUAUUCACUGUACUGAUGAUUCCCCUGAUCCUUCCUUGAACUAUGAGCUCGUUCUUCGCAAAUGGUGUGAACUAAUUCCUGGUGCAGAAUUCAGAUGCUUUGUCAAGGAAAACAAGCUUAUAGGUAUAUCACAGAGGGACUACACUCAAUACUAUGACCAUAUCUCUAAGCAGCAUGAGGAGAUCUGCAGGUCAAUACAGGAGUUUUUCAAGAAACACAUACAGUACAAAUUCUUGGAUGAAGACUUUGUUUUUGAUGUGUACCGAGACAGCAGGGGUAAGAUUUGGUUAAUAGAUUUUAAUCCAUUUGGAGAAGUAACAGACUCGCUGCUGUUUACGUGGGAUGAACUGACCUCUGGGAGAAAUUUGAAAGGUGACCAGAGUGAAGGGGAAGCAACAGAACAGGACUGCCCAGUUUUCCGUUGCACGAACAGUCAAGUUACUGUCCAGCCCAGUCCAUACCUGAGUUACCGACUGCCGAAAGAUUUCGUGGACCUUUCUACGGGAGAGGACGUUCACAAGUUAAUUGACUUUCUUAAACUGAAAAGAAAUCAGCAAGAUGAUGACUGAGGUAUCAAGAAGUGUUACAAUGAAUUGUGGAACAAUUCAAUCAAAAAAUGCAGAAAAAAACUAAGUUUAGGGUAACUAUUAAGCUAAAGAACAACUGAAGCCAACAAAAGAGCUGAAGAGCUGUUCAUCUUUGUAUGUCUGUUGGUUUAUAUAACAAUGUAGAAAGCUUCUUCAUGGAAACAUGGAGGAUCAGGGUGAGUUCUCCUUGGAUUCCAGCUUAAAGGCCAUUGUACAGUGGUGCAAGCAACAAUCUGAGCUCAACUGACUGGCUGCCUUCGUAUCCCAUGAUGUGGAAAUGGAUGCCAUUGAAAUAUGCUAUCGGACUCUUUGGUCAUAAAUAAGACAGCAUUUAAUUCUUCUGCAGUUAAAACAUCAAGAAUUCUCUGAAUUUAGACACAGUCUUGCUUAAAAUAUAGAAUAGUUACAAGGAAAAAAGGUUGUGGGUUUUUUUUUUUUUCAUUGGAAGGCUACUGCUUCUUUCAUUUCAUGGAACAGAUCUAACUACUAAGGCUUUCUUGAAACUUUAUUUUUAACAUGAUUAUAUACCAGGUAUCAGCUUUGGCUUUAAUAUAAAUAGUUAACAUGAACCUCUAAUUUUAUGUGGACUCAAUCUCAUUUCUUUUGGAUUACUUAAGAAAAUGAUUACUGUUUUUGUUCUUAAAUUCUGUACUUACUUCAUACUACUUCAUGUUCCUUGUAUAGAAGGAAAAUUGACUAACUUGGGGAAACAGAAGCUCUUGGUGCUGAUUUUUUUUUUCUUCCUAGCAAAGGAGGGUCAUUUUCAGACUAAGAAGCAGCUGCCUUCUGGGUAUAGGUGUUUGCAUGGCAUCAGUAAUUUGUUCAGUUUGCCCUAUUCUACUUGAUAUAAAAGGAAAUUUGGAGAUGCUCAGCCACUGGAAACUGGUUCCUAUGUUGGACCAGUUAUGUGAUACUCUGUAUGUAUAUAAAGUUAUUCAUGUUUCUUUGCCUUGCUUUUGCUGGCAAGUUGAUGUGGUGCUCAGUUACCAUCUGUUCUUAGAUGUUAAAGCUGAGUUUAGAUGUUAAAUGAUUUCUUACUGUCGCUACUUAGCUUCAGUUUUGAGUGAACUUUGGUUACAGAUUAUGCGGAUUAAGAGUCCAGUUCUAUCAAAUAUAAUUUAUUAAACAUCACAGAUUACAACUUCUGGAAUCUGUGUAGAGAAUCUGCCCUACUCUUUCCCUCUGAAGCAGCAGAAUCUCCUUCUCUGUAGCUUUAUGGACACAAAUUAGAUGGACGCUAACUCAGGGCUGGGCUAUACCUAAUUCUGUUGUACCACAGGACUUUUGAUGAGUUUUUCUCACCAUUAUCAGAAGGGUGUAUAAACGUUUCUAAAUCGAGCAGGAGCUUUAGAACUUAAAAAUCAAAAAAUCUUUACUUUUUCUUCUGAAUUUACUCCUUCCUGGCCGUAAUCUAAGGAUUGCAAUGAUCUAACUGCAUUCUCUCUAUGCAAGAUAUCGCCCUGGAGUUUCCAGCAGAAACUUAAACUCUUCAUAACUACAGAUUGUUCUCCUAAAAGAUACUAUUUUUUUAGUUUAAAGCAGUAAGAUGGCUUUCUGCAUCUUUUUUAUGAGCUCCAUUGAUUAAUUUGCCAUCAUCACAGAUUUCUGUGCUGGAUAUUUAGUGGAAAAAAUAUGGUGUCAGGACUUGUGUGAUGGGAUGCUGUGUACUCUGGAGCAUCCCUUUAGCUGAGUAAACUGUAGCAAUAGCCUUUUAAUUAUUUAAUUAUUUAUCUUGAAAAUGGCAUCCCCAAAUGAACUGAUCAUAAUCAGUGCAGAAUUCUUAGACAUGCUGGCAUAACUUUAUUCUUUUGAGUGCUCUGUAUUUGUAGUUCAGCUCUUCUAGAACAAAUCACAAUGUAACUGAAUGCUGGCCUAGGACAUGUGUCCCUAAACAGCUUUGCUUGUUACCAGUCUGAGCGAAGUUUGUUGUUUUCCCCUAUGAUGCUAAGAGAUGACCAGUCUGAAUUAACAGACUGCUCAACCAAGCUACCAAACACUGAUAACUAACUUGAUUUUGAGUUGCAGGAACUUUAAAAACUUCCUUUGGGCUUAAUGAAGAACCGUAAAAGGAAGGUGGAGCAAGAGGAUUGCAGCUCAGCGAGAAGUAUCAGAGAAAAGUCUUCAUUAUUUUGCAGCCAACGGCUGUGAUAUUUAAUCUCUCAGAUGAAUAGUGGGAAUCAGGGUUCCAAUGACCCUGCAAGUAAUACUUAUUAGCACGUAGUGGCUUAGUUCAGCACAGUUCUACUCAUUUGACUCUUUUUUUUUUUUUUUCCAGUGCUGUCCUCAUCCUCCUGACUACCAACAUAAUAUUUUGAGUGAGAGUUAAGAUUAGAAUAAGCAAGCAUGGAUAACACCGUUCUGAGUUUAAAAACUCCUCUUUCUCUGUCGACUUGUUUCCCCAUAAAAAGAGACGUUCUGACUUAAUUUUCUGAGCGGUGCUCUAUUAUGUCUGAAAAGGAUCCUAAAAAUAGGAUAAUAAUUUCUCCUCAGCUCUGAGUUUCAGUAAAUGAAUAGCACUUGUUGGAAUCUGGUCACACUGUAUGGCUUGUUAAUCCUCAUAAUUUCAUUUGACAUUCCUAGCUAGAAAUUUCAUGCAUCUUAAGCACUUGCUCUUAGCUGAUGUCCAGGGCGCAGUGCUGGCCUGAGGAAAGGUGCCCAGUGAGACACAGUUCAGGUGCCCAUUUAAGCAAUGCAGGCAAACAGUCACAGUUAAAGGCUUUCAUGAGACUAUUGCCAGAUGAAAGGGUUCAAAAGAACAUCAGUGGUAGCGUGGAGGUGGGUAAUAGUGUCGUGCAAAGCUGCCUAAAAGUACUUCCUGAUACUUCUGUGUGGGCUUGAGUGAGUUUAACUCUUACAAACUGUCCUGAUUCUGAAGUGUUGAAUAGUUGGAGAAGAGCAGAGGAUAUCUGACAGUGAAUGUAAUUGCACGAAUCAGCCUGGCAACUAGCAAAUAAUUUUAACCCCAAAGGUCAGAGUUACACUACUCAGUUUGUGUUUGGAUAGCUAAUCUGUCACUUGAGGAAAUUAUAUUGUGUUAAAAUAUGUUUCUCUGUUUAAGAGAAGUUGAGUCUUUAAGGUAUAAUACAGGGACAGACAAUUGGACAUUUGAUUCAUGUCAGAUACUUGGUAAUGCUGAUAUUUGGAGGCUUAAGUCUAGCUGUCUUAACAACAGAAGUUUGCCUGGAUGUUGAAUUUACGAUGUCUUUGAAUUUGGUGACCUCUCUAAAGAUAAAGUCUGCUUAAACUUGUGGCCAUCCUACAAUUUUAUGGAAUUAAAAUGAUUUCUUGCUAUAGCUGGCUUACUGUCUGCAGGCUUGAAGCUUUCUCAGAGGUACAGAGUCCUUAAGCAACGAUAUGUAAUUAUAGAUUUUUAUAAUAAUAAAGAGAUUAGCACUGUGCUAAGA